AUGACAGAGCUGGAACUGCCUCCACCUGUGAUUCCCAUCGACGAGAAGGAGAAGAGCGAUGAAUGGGAUGCACAAUCCAGCGAUGCCUGGUCAAUCCAAGCACGUCUUCCACAACUGCGGGUGCGCACCUUCUGUUCGUCGCCUCUCCAGUCGCCUCCGCUCUCCCCGAUCUCUCCUGACGGGAGCCGGCUGGCGCCGCGGCGGCGGUCGAAGGCUGAUGAGAGCACGGCGACCGCCACGCGUGCGCAACUCCGUGAGGGCGCCACUGGGGUGGAGGAUGUGCUGAACCGUGUCCGAUAUGAUCUUUUGGAAUCGUCGGUGGCCGCCUUCCAAGUCUUGGUGGACAACGUGGAACGGCCCGACCUCUGUCGGCCGCACCUGCUGCGGGGCGAAUGCAGGUACGGCCAGAACUGCCGCUACCAACACGUCACGCCCUUGCGUUGGCGCUCGGGGUCUGCACCUUUGGUCAGCAACGGCAGCCACGUGCCCUUCGUGGAGGCGCUGGACACCACGAAGCUCUUCGCACUGCUGGACUCGGCGCCGUCGCCCACCGCGCGCCACGCCUUGCUCCAGACGGUAGCCUGUGUGCUUUACCAAGGGGAAGUGGUUUGGUGCCGCCAUGUGGGGCGUGCUGCGACACAUCAGCUUUGGGAGUCCUUUCUGUCUAUGCACGGAGGCACCUCCUCAGCUCGAGCGACACCCGGGACCACAGCUGCCGAGUUCAUGAUGGAAUGGCCCGGAAACGUUUGGGAGCACGUGCUCCAACACUUGCAGGACCCCUGCGUCAUCUCAGGAACUGCUGUGGCAAUGCUGUCCAGCUCUCGCAGCAUGUGGAAGAGCAGCCUCGGCGAGAAGAAACUUUGGCAAAUGCUUGCGAAGAGCGAAUGGACUGAAUGGCCCAGCCUGGCCAAGGUUCGCCAUGAUGAUGAGGACCCUUUGAAGGAGUUUACCUCACUGGCCCAGCAGCUACAGCUCUAUCGCUUGUGCUGGGCGGCAACUCAAAGCUGCCCGGGCAAGUUCGCCACUCCGAAGCAGGGGCCGUACCCCUCGCCGGAGGCGGCGGAGAUGCCUGGAUCUCCAAAGUGUGAAACCAGGCAGAGAAGCUUCAUGCAGUCCUUAUCCCACCCCGGUUUCUUCGGCCUGAUCUCUGACUUUUGCCAUGAACGAGCGGCGCUUCUCAACCUCCUCCCUGGCGCUGGCGACGUCUUGAAGACCUUGCGCGCGGAGGCCGCCUCAGCGAACCCGGUGAACGUUUCCCGGCCCAGAUGA